GUAUAUGGCUUAAAAUCAUUUUUUAACUAACAGGCCUAAAACAUCUAUCGGGCCUUUAGGAUUGUAUUUACCUGACUGUGGGGGAAGUUUAACGUAUCAAGCUGGUGAAAUAUCAGUUUUUUAUUUUUUAUUUUACAAAUUUCACGGUGUAUUACGGUAACGUGAGGGGAGAGGCGGGGGCUCCGCUCCGGGAUGUACCAUUUGAGUCAACACACACCGGGGAAAGGAUUUUUGUUGUGACAGCGGAGUAACAACCCGGCAGGGGGGGACACGGUUAUAACAUCAGGUUUUUUUUAUCCAUCUUGGCUACACGAUGGCCUUCAGCAAGGGAUAUCGCAUCUACCACAAGCUGGACCCACCUCCCUACAGUGUCAUAGUGGAAACUAGGACCAGAGAAGAAUGCCUGAUGUUUGAGUCAGGGGCUGUUGCCGUUCUCUCUGCAGCAGAGAAGGAGGCCAUAAAAAACACAUACACCAGGAUUGUGGAUGCAUAUGGAAUCCUAGGCGUCCUCCGCCUAAACCUGGGCGACUCUAUGCUUCACAGUCUGGUGGUUGUGACAGGAUGCAGCUCUGUGGGAAAGGUGCAGGAUUCUGAGGUUUUCCGAGUCACACAGACAGACUUUAUAUCACUGAAGAAUGACCCAGGAGACGAGGACAAAAUUUCUGAGGUCCGAAAGGUUCUGAACUCAGGCCACUUCUACUUUGCCUGGUCUGCCACUGGAGUCAGCAUGGACUUGAGUCUUAACGCACAUCGCAGGAUCCUAGAAGACACUACAGAUAACCGCUUCUUCUGGAACCAAUCUCUGCAUCUACACCUCAAGCACUACGGUGUAAACUGUGAUGAUUGGCUGUUGAGGCUGAUGUGUGGUGGUGUGGAGGUCAGGACCAUCUAUGCUGGGCACAAACAGGCCAAAGCCUGCAUCUUCUCCCGGCUCAGCUCAGAGCGAGCCGGCACGCGAUUCAACGUCAGAGGAACAAAUGAUGACGGACAGGUGGCCAAUUUUGUGGAGACUGAACAGGUUAUUUUCCUGGAUGACAAAGUCUCAUCAUUCAUUCAGAUCCGUGGGUCCAUCCCUCUUUUCUGGGAACAGCCGGGUAUUCAGAAAAAGUCCAUUAAGGGUGUUUUGUUGCAACUGAAUGAGAAUCGGCACCGUAAUGGUCUGGAUGAGAACCCCCACCUGGUUGGCUCUCACCGUGUCAAACUCUCCAGAGGAUUUGAGGCAAAUGCACCAGCAUUCGAAAGACACUUCACGGCACUGCGGAGGUUGUACGGUAAGCAGGUGAUCAUCAAUCUGCUCGGGAGUAAGGAAGGCGAGCACAUGCUCAGCAAAGCAUUUCAGAGUCACCUGAAGGCUUCAGAGCAUGCUUCAUACGUGAAAAUGGUGAACUUCGACUAUCACCAGAAUGUGAAGGGAGGCAAGGCUGACAAACUCCACAGUGUCCUCAAACCCUACCUCAGCAAGUUCAUCGAGGAGUGUGGCUUCUUCUACUACUCGGGAGAGACGGGCAUCGCAAGGAGUCAGGGUGGGACCAUUAGGACAAACUGUCUGGACUGUCUGGACAGAACCAACAGUGUUCAGGCCUUUUUUGCCCUUGAGAUGCUGCCUAAACAGCUGGAGGAAAUGGGUCUGACAGAGAAACCCCAGCUGGUGGCCAGGUUCCAGGAGGUUUUUAGGACCAUGUGGUCUGCCAACGGAGACUCGGUCAGCAAAAUCUACGCAGGCACUGGUGCCCUGGAUGGCAAAGCUAAGGCGGGAAAGCUUAAAGACGGAGCCCGUUCUGUGACGAGGACGAUCCAGAACAACUUCUUUGACAGCUCAAAGCAGGAAGCUAUAGACAUCCUGAGGCUGGGCUCCACACUCAACAGUGACCUGGCAGACAAAGCGCGGGCCUUGCUCACUACUUCCAGUCUUUACGUCACUGAGCCGGUCUUACAAUCAGCCUCCCCAAGAGUAUUGCUGGGAAUGUGUCAGAACUACCAAAAAUACACAAGGCCCAAGCAGAUCCGGGUGUGCGUCGGCACCUGGAAUGUCAACGGGGGUAAACAGUUUCGCAGCAUUGCUUACCGCAAUCAGACACUUAACGACUGGUUGUUGGACGCUCCAAAGAAAGCAGGUCAUCCUGAGUUCCAGGACAGUAAAGCCAACCCCAUAGAUAUCUUUGCCAUUGGUUUUGAGGAAAUGGUUGAACUGAACGCUGGAAACAUUGUCAGUGCCAGCACUACAAACCAGAAACUUUGGGCAGCUGAGCUGCAGAAAAACAUAUCCCGGGAUCACAAGUACGUGCUGCUCGCUUCAGAGCAGCUGGUGGGCGUGUGUCUGUUUGUUUUCAUCCGCCCGCAGCACGCUCCCUUCAUCAGGGAUGUAGCCGUGGACACUGUAAAGACUGGAAUGGGUGGGGCUACAGGUAACAAAGGAGGUGUUGCCAUCCGCUUGCUGUUCCACACCACCAGCAUCUGCUUCGUCUGCUCCCACUUUGCUGCUGGACAGUCACAGGUGAAGGAGAGGAACGACGACUACAACGAGAUCACACGCAGACUCACCUUCCCCAUGGGUCGUCUGCUAUACUCCCAUGACUACGUUUUCUGGUGCGGAGACUUCAACUACCGAAUCAGCCUCCCCAACGAGGAAGUAAAAGAGCUGAUCAAACAGCAGAAUUGGGAGGCUCUGACAGCAGGGGACCAGUUAUUUGACCAGAAGAAUGCUGGUUUGGUUUUCAGAGGUUUUAUCGAGGGGAACUUAGAUUUUGCCCCCACCUACAAGUACGACCUCUUCUCUGAAGAUUAUGACACCAGUGAGAAAUGCCGCACGCCAGCCUGGACUGACCGCAUACUGUGGAAGAGGAGGAAGUGGAACUUUGACAAAACUGCUGAAGAAAUGAAUGUAGUAGGGGCAGCUUCUACAUCUGCGGAGAAUGAGGACGAUCCUGAAAACCCUUGGCACCCUGGUACACUGAAGUACUAUGGCAGGGCCGAGCUAAAGACCUCAGACCACAGGCCUGUGGUGUCAAUAAUAGACGUGGACAUCCUGGAGGUGGACCCAGAGGCUCGGCACCAGGUCUACAAAGAUGUCAUUGCUCUGCAAGGACCUCCAGACGGCACCAUCCUUGUGUCGCUCUGCUCCUCCGGCCCUGACGACUACUUUGACGACCCCCUCAUAGACGAGCUGCUGGACAAGUUUGCUCAGUUUGGAGAGGUCAUCCUCAUCAGAUUCGUUGAGGAGAAAAUGUGGGUGACUUUCCUGGAAGGUUACUCUGCUCUUGCUGCUCUUUCUCUGAGUGCUUCCACUGUGCUUGGCAAGAUGAUUGACAUCCGCUUGAAGAGUCCAGGUUGGAUCAAGAGUCUAGAGGAGGAAAUGAGUGUGGAGAGAAUCUGUGGAAGCAUCCCCACCUCAGCUAGCUCCACCCUGCUCGCGGAGGACGCUGACAUGGGCGAUGAUGAUUACGAUAUGGAAGGUGAUGUGGAUGAUGAGGUGGAGGAGAUUCUUCCCCAGCACCUGCAGCCUGGUGCAGGGUCUGGCCCUGGAUCUUCCCCUCUCCCCUCCCCUCGCAGCAGUCCUUGUUCCUCCCCCACCCAAGGCGAACCCACCGCUCCCAGCAGGCCGAGUCGCUCUGCGCAACCUCUGAGACCAUCACAAGGGCCCCCUGUUGAUUUUCAGCCUGGUGCUCCCACAUCUCUGAACCUGGAGCCCAAACGCGCUCCUCCCCCUCGUCCCAUUGCUCCACCAGCCAGACCUGCACCCCCUCAACGCCCACCACCACCAUCAGGAGGCAUGAGCCCCCUGCCAGUUAGAAGGGCCUCUGGAGGAGGCAUGAGCCCCCUGCCAAUUAGAAGGGCCUCUGGAGGACCAAAAAGCCCUGCUCUUCCUCGGCCAGAAGCUGCUGCAGGUCGAGGCCAGGCGACGGUUGGGGCCCCUGGUCUGGGGGGUAUAUCCAGACCGAACAUUCCUCCUCGAGCUGGGGUAAUCAGCAUUCCCCCUCAGUCUCGCCCAUCACCUCCCUCGCACCCUGGAGCACCAAGACCCAUCCCAGAGGUGCAUCCCGGGGCCCCUCGGCCCAUCCCAGACACCCACCCAGGAGCCCCACGACCUGUGCCAGGUGCACAAGCCAAACCUCCUGACCUGCCUCUAGGUCCUCCACCCUCAGGACCACCCCCAACAGAGCCCCCUGCAGCAAGACCCCAGGUUCCAUCAUCCAUGCAGCCCAAUCUCCCAGCUCCACUCCAGCCACAGCAAAGCGCGGCUGCUGCUCCUUCUGCUGGGUCUCCACAGGCUCUCUCCUCUCCCAAACCACCACCACGUUCCCGCUCCUCUCAUGCUCUGCCACCUGAUGCUGCCAAGCCUGAGACAGCCCCAGCUGCACAGACUAACGGACUGAAUGGAAUACAAAGAGAAGCACAAUGGAAGGCCGACCCAUUUGACAUACUUGCACCUGACUUCCUCUCCUCCUCCACCACCUCGUCCUCCUCCUGGCACAACACACAGUCCCUGACCAGAGGCUCCUCCAUGCGAACCCCCCCCUCCAUUCCUCCCUCUAAGUUGUCCUCCAACACUCUCCCUUCAUCCUUCUCCCUCCAGGCGUCCGCACUGUCAGACCUGCAGGCACUCGAGUCGUCCUCCUCCUCCUCACUCUCCACCCCAUCACCUUUCGCCUCCUCUCUGCUCCCACCCCCUCCGAUCCCAUCUCGUAGCCGCUCGCAGGAGACACUUCGUGCGUCCCCGUGCGCUUUCCCGACUGACCUGCUUCCUGCCAGACCCAAUAGUACCAACCCCUUCACAGGUCCUCUGGCGCAGCAGCAACCGCGGUCCCUCACACCAGAUUUUAGCAUUCAACGUCCCCCUGUAACGCAAAACCUUCAGAGGACUAUGUCUUCUUUCACUCAGCCACUUAUCCCACCACAAGCUCCUGCUGCUGCACCCAACUCCCAGCUCCAAAGGACCAUGUCCCUGUUUGGACCAUCAUCCACUUUGAAUCCUACACCUGCUCCUCUGCUGCUUCCCCUCCCCCUUGACCCAUCUCCUGUCCCCACCUUGCCUCUGGCUCCGCCCUCCUCCCUUCCGCCUGCCCUCGCACCUCGUCACCAGCCGCCUGCCCCAGCAGGGAAACCAGCAAAGCAGUGGGUCACUUUUGAUGAUGAUUUCACAACAACCAAAACACCACAGGCCCCAACUUUCCCAGCCAGGUCUCAGACUCUGGCUCCCUACUCUGUGUUUGACUCGGAGCCCGACUGGUUAUCCUCGACCCCUUCUGUUUACCAAACCCUCCCUCCUCCCAUCCCUACUAGGACUGCGACCACUAACCCAAAGCCCCCAGAGGGUUCCAACGACGACUGCUUCUUCCCCAGGGAGUCCACAGAAAGUUAAGAUUACUCUUAGUAUAUAAAAGGGCAUAUCCAGAUAUGUAUAGAUCUAUGAUAAAUGUGUAUAUGUUUAUGUGUAUGUACAAAAGAGACAGUAUUUAGGAAGUAUAGACCAAUCCCCAUCCUGAAUCACAGCAAAGGGUUCAUAUGUUCCAGCAGUAACAUGAGAAGUGUAUGAUCCUACAUGUGUGUUCCAAACGUACCACACAGAUGUUUGCCUGUGCCCCGAUGUUAUGAUUCCAUCUGAUUUUAAUUUAUGUCAGCAAACGUGUCCAUGUGUCCACAGUAUAUAAAGUUAUAUAGAGAGUACAUGUAAAAGCACAAAAUCAUGUGUGCGACCACUUGUGCAAUAUCAAGACAGGUCUGCUUGGCCGUGCAGCUUUCAGUGUUACCUUUGCAUUCGCUGGCUGAUGCACUGCAGAUCAUAUCCGUCAUGUCGAGCGAUCUGUAAAUCAGAGCCAGGUUGUCAGAGUGGAGGGUAACACUCGGCUUUCUCUCAGCUUCUUGCGUUUAAAUGUAGUGCAAGUCUACAUACUGCAGGUUUUACAUUUAAAGGAAAUCUUUGCUUUAAUUUGCAUAGAUUCAAGUUCCUGUUCUUUUGUGCAGAUUUGAGAGUCAUAUUCUGUACUUGCUUUUAUCAUGAAUGUACUUUGUGUUGCACUGGCUUUUGGCAUUGCUUCUGGCAAGAACCUCACCAGACAUCAGUCAAGCCAAUCAAACUGUUCACUGCUGCAUGUCUGAUGCUCUAUAAUGUCAAGUCAUAUUCUUGAAACCAGGACAUUUUCGUUCUCUCUACUCAGUCAUCAUUUUACCCCUGGGAUUGAACAAUUUGCUGCAUAUAUUUUGUAGCUGUAUAUCAAAACCUAUACGUAGUGGCUAUGUAUAAUUGUAGGUUUUCUGUAUGAAAAUCACUUGCUUAAUGUGUGCGUGAUUGUGAUGACUGUAUCAGUGGUUUUGCAUUGUGUAAUGAUAUGCACUGAGAUGCUGUUUGUGCUCAUUUGGCUGUAUCCUUGUGAUGGCGGAGCAACAAAAUUAGCACUCGCAGACUGAACAGGCGAGAGGACUUUCUUGGACCAUUUCACCUCUGUACUGUUUUCAUCCUCCGUGAUUCAUCCAAAAGCAUUUAACCAUCCUGAGGUUGUAAAUUCAGAGAACAUAGCUCGUGUGUCUGUGUGUGUGUGUGUGUGUGUGUAUACUUCUUUUACUUCCAAGUACGAUAGGGUCAGUAAUAAUCAUGGCAGAAAAGACAUGUCAUGUAUCGAAUAAUGAAAGGGCACUUUUUUUUUUUAAUGAUUGUUCAUGCAGAAGUUAUUCUUUCAUUUCCAGGGAGAUACACUCUAAAUAACCUGUUGUUGAUACUGUGCUGAGAAGUAAUGUGUCGUGUUUGAGGUGCAUAUCGACUGUUGUGGUGUUUGUGUUUGGAUGUGAGUGUGUGUACAGAGUUCGGAGUGAAAUACCAGACUUUUUCCCCCUACCACAAAGUAUUUUCUUUGAAGCCGCACGGUGUAUUUGCUUACAGGUUCUCACUUAACAGCCGCUGUAUUCACUUAGUCAUGACUGUAACUGUGUAUUUCUGCUCUCUGCAACAACAAAAAAAGGCUGUGGAGUGGCAGCACUAUAUGCGAACAAGGUAACAAUUCAAGACAAAGGUCUCUUUUCUCACCUGCACCUGAGUGAGAUUUUUCUCUGUAGCAGCACCAUAAGAUGUUUCACUACUUUGAAUAUACAGACUCCAACUACACUCUGUGUUUGAACCAAAUGCACCACCAGACAUACAUUUCCAAGCCAAGUGUUUGUUGUUUCCUUCCCAGGCGCAGUUCAGCUCACAUUCCAGACAGAAGUGUGAUUUUGAGUGUUGGGUGUUAAACUCUUCUCAGUCUUUACAGGCUCACUUGUUUUAUCGAUCCUAUAUCGGUUUUCUCCAGCUGAGAGGAAUAGUUACUGGACCCUGCUGAUUUCACGACCUUUUAAUGAGGUGUGUGUGUGUGUGGUGCCGUCAGAGGUGAUGUGUUAGUAUUUUCACAUUCAACCCUACACUGCUGUUGAGUUUAACUGGUCAGGGGUCAUAUUGACAAGCAAUCGUUUUGCUAAAUGAGACCAUUGAGACUCCAACCCUCCCUAACAUGACACAUGCAAGCUGUUGUAGUCCAAUAUGAAGAUUCCCCCUCCAGUGCUUCAGAAAUUAUGGGAUCGGCUGAAAUGUCUUAAAAGGAUUUUGAAGGAGAAUAAAAACAUCUGACCCCCCCCCCCCAAAAAAAAAAGACUAGCUAAUGCUUUUGCGCUUUGUUAAACACAAUGUAAUACAUAACGUAAGACAUAUAAAAAGUAGUGUCAUUCACUGCACUGAAAGCAGUAGCUAUCUAUGUAAGCAAGUGUAUCAGGUUGCCUCUGCUUACAUGUCGAUGUCAUCUGUUCAAUGCAUUUAUUGUGUUAUCCAAAUGUGUGCAGUAGAUACUGGUUCUGCAUUAACAGUAGGUGACUAGCCAGCGCUUCGUGUCAUGCUCAGAUAAAGAUUUUAUAGGAAAACAACAUGCUCCUUUUGUGAGGUCAGUGUCCCUUUUUAUGGUUAUAAUCCAUAGUAAAUAAGAGUCUGUGUAGUUGGACAUAUUGUAUGUCGAUUCAUGUUAAUAUCCAACGUUCCAUAUUUGACGUGCACAGCAGAUUGCACAUUUAUGUAUGAAGCAAUUUAUGUUGUAUGUAUGCAAAAAUAAAUGUAUGUUUACCUCAGUG